AUGGCGGCGGUGAAGGUUGUAGAGGACUGCGAGGAGGAGCAGCGGAGGAGGAGGGCACGGAGCGCCAUGGCCUUCAGGAGAAGCGAGUCGAACCUUGUCGGACUAAUGAGCAACAGCAGCCAGCAGCAGGGCGGGGAGGCGGCGCACAGUGUCAUCGGCCAGCCCCUGGAGACCCUCACGCAACCCAAGAGAUCAGGCUCCAUCCUUGUGGCCAAGGACACUGUGCUGCAGCACCAGGCGCAAGAGAUCGAGGACCUCAAGAAGUCGUCCUCCAAGUCUCUCGCUCGAGCCUGGGCGAAGAUCAGGGAGCAGGAGAACCUGAUUCAGAAGCUGCGCAACAAGAUCUCUCUCAUCGAGGCUGAGUCAGACCUGCUGAGGCAAAAACUGGACUUACGCAAACAGAAGCAACAGGAGCUGUCCACGUGGAUGAAGAUGAGCGGGAGGAACAGCAACAGCUCUGACUUCGAUGGCCAGUACACAAGCAAACACCACAAGAUGUUCAAGACGGACAACUAUGACGACAUCCCCAUCUGGCAGCAGUUGUACUUCCGUUUCCGGGAAUGCCAGACGAAGUCCCCGAGCCCUGCAGCUGCCGAGGAAACCAGAGUUUCCCCGAUGUGGAUCUUGUUCGAAAGAGCAUUGAGCAGGCAGAUGGAGGCUGACGACUUCAUCCUUGCGAUGAACAUGCUGUACAGUCAGUUUCAACAGAGUGCGAGGAACUCUUCACUGGUCGAGUUAUACAACCAGAUCUCCUGCCUCAACAAAGUGAUGACCUGCAUGAGCUCAAUGCUGGAGAUUCCAGGAAGCAUCAUGGAUCUUCCGCUCCUGACGAGCCGAAUGCUCGAGAUCGCGAUGGAUCUGUGUGCGGCGAGGUCAGGGCGGAUACUCUUCUUGGAAGGAGAUCACCUGGUGGUCAUGGCUGCGCUAUCCAAGUCAAAACAGGACGGGUACGUGGAUAUCGGUGUGAACAAUCGCCCGUUGCCCAUCGACGGGAUCGUUGGCAAAGUGUUGAAGCAGGGAAAGACGCUGAACUAUAAGAUGGGGAACGACCUUGCAGCUGACUUCAACAAGACGACAGACGUGAUUAUGGGGCAGGAAACCACCCCCUUCGUCUGCAGUCCCAUCCUUGAUGCCGACGGAAGCUUGCUGGGCUGCCUGCAGCUCUUCGACCACAUGACGGAGAAGAAGUUGCAGGAAGGCGACAGAAUCCUCAACUUCUUCAAUAAGGAGCUACAGGUAAACCGAGUCACUUGUGCAUCCAACGCCGAAUCUGAUCGCUCUUGCAUCAUGCAGAUACUUUGCGAGGAGUUUGCAAGAGUUUGCGGGAAGGAAUUCGAGCAGUGCAGAGCAUUCUCGGCGUCAUGGCGAGCACAGCAGCUCCUGCAGAGGUUCCUGAGGUUCACCAAGAUCGUCAGCAACUCCUCCGACUUUGUCUCUGUCCUCAAGAUGCUCAACGACAUGACGGUCAACGUCAUUUCAGUGGAUCAAUGCGGCAUCUUCUACCUCGACAAGGUUGCCAACGAGUUCCGCCUCCUCCACACCCUCUUCGACGACGAGAGCAUCACCCUGGGGCUGGAGCAGCGGGUACCCAACGACGGGAUCGGCCUCAUCUCUCUUGCCGCCCAGACGGCCAUGAUGAACACAACUAACGACGUGGGGAAGGAGUCCAAGUACUCUGCCACCCGCGACCUCCGUGGCACCACCGACUUGCCUGCUAGGGGGAUCUGCACUGUGCCGCUCAAGAACAUGUACGGGGAGGUGAGCUGCGUGUUCCAGGUCAGCAAACACAGCGUGCCCUGGACCCGCGCGGACGAAGACGUCAUCUCCACCAUGGAUCGAUCCGAGCAGCUCUUGGCCUCCACGUCAGUGACGAGGAGGAGUCGAACGAUCCGUCACACCAAGUCGGUUCAGCGGAGGAACAGCUCCACCUCCAUCACCGGCAUGAUCAAAGACUUCCAGCGCUCCAUGCAGGUGGAGAGCUUGCGACUGCUUGUUAUCAAGCAACCGGAUGAGAACCCUGAGGCCCCCGCUGACUCGUCCAAGGCCAAGAGCACGCUCGUGACCCUCGUCUCUGCAGGAAGAGAGUCGGGCAUGUCGAGGACGGCCUCCAUGGAGCAGGCAAGGGAAGCCCCGCCGAGCAUAGAGCAUUUUGUCGGGGAGGGCAUCACAGGGCAUGUGGCCGAGACUACUCAGUGCGUGCGAAGCAACGACGCCUUCGCGCACCCCUUCUUCAGCCCCACCUUCGACCGAGUCUUCCCGUCCCAAGUUUGCACCAACAUCUGCUGUGUCCCUGUCAUCUCCGAGGAAGACGCCACCACCAUCGCCGUGCUUGAGGCUCUCAACAAGACCCCUUGUUUCAGCGAGGAGGACGAAAUAGUUCUCAAGGUGUUUGCGAAACAGAUUGGCGUCUUUCUCAUGGACCGGGUGAUCGACAUGGAAGGGCUGAGCAAUCUGAUCUUUUAA